AUGUCAUCUGGAACUGAUUAUUAUUCAGAGGCAUCAGCAACUAAUAAUCCGGGUAAUAUUAGAGAUUUUCAGUAUGCGUUCAAAAAUGCAAUUGCGUGCCAAAUUUCUGCAAAAGCUUCUUGGCAUUUUAAUAAUCAUCCAGAAACUGCAAAGCAAAUCCCAGAUGGUAUAGAAUAUAGAAUAGCAUCGAAUUGGGUAUCAAAUUUUCUUGUUUCUAAUAAAAUGGAAAGAACGUUAUUUACUUUAUCUCUAGAAACAAAUGGAUAUGUUCAACAUCAACCAAAGAAACUUCCUGUUAGUAUACCACUUAAACUUCCACCAACAGAAAGAGAAUUUGAACAAAUUGUAAAAAAUUUCAGACCAGAAUGCACAAAAAACGAUCCACCACCACCAUACCACCGUCGUCAUUAUCAUGAAGAUUCUGAAGAACAUGUAACUACUCCUCAAGAUCUUGUAAUUUCUCAAGAUCCAGAGCCUAUUGGACAUCAUCACCAUAGACAUCACAGAAGUGAUGGUCAUCACUCGAGCAGAGCAACAUCGCAGAGAGUAGGUACAGAGCGUACUGAUAAAUCAUCAUACAAAACAGAUUCUCAAGUUAAAUCACGAGGAGUUGUUGAUAUUCAAAGCAGUCAACAGCAGGACCUUCGCUCAUAUACAUCAUCUCAAAAUAAAUCAUCAUUACCUGCAAAAUCUUCAUAUAAAUCGUCAUCUAAGCAAACCGAUCGUAAAUCUGCAUUACAAAAGCAAAAAUUAACAUUCCAAGAUAGGAUUAAUAAAUUACUUGAGUUACCAGAACGAGUUGAUAGAGCCGCUCAGCCAGAUUCCGAAAUCAGUCCAAAUAUUCGAAAUCCUGGUUCAGUUCAUUCGUUAGAGGAAGAAUACCUUAUCAAGCAACAAACACCUGACAUUUCCAAUCUUGCAACAUUCAAUGAUGUUACUGUUUCAAAUUAUCAAACAAAAUCAGAUAAAAACUCUGUUUCCACGAAGAAAUCUGAUAACAAAGUAGAAGAUAAAUCAGCUUCAUCAUCAAAGUCUGCGUCAACAAAUUCAUCAAAGCCUCCAAGUGUUUCAUCAAAGAAAUCUUCAGGUUCUUCACUGCCUCCAAGCAUCCACUCGAAACAUUCUUCCGUUGCACAAGAAGAGAAGAAGGAAGAAAACAUCGAAGAAGAAGAGGAGGAAGAAGAUUUCAUUGAAGAAGAAGAGGUUGUUGUUUAUUCAUAUGAGUAA